CAACAAAUUACUACGUACCUACUUCUAGAUCAAUCUAGCUACGUACUAAAUUAAACAGAGCUUCAUAAUAAUAUUGCUAUUCAGUCCCUCAUCAUUACCAUUAUGGCCAGCUCUUCAGUUGUGAAGCUUCUCUGCAUGGUGGUCAUGGCCAUGGUGGUGGCUGCACCAGUGGCAAAUGCCAUAACAUGUGGGCAAGUGUCUAGCAGCGUUGGGCCAUGCAUCAACUACCUCAAGAGCGGCGGCGUUGUCCCUGCCGCAUGCUGCAAUGGGAUUAGGUCGCUAAAUAGCGCAGCCAAGACCCCGGCAGACCGCCAGACUGCAUGCAAGUGCCUGCAGUCGGCUUCUAGCAGCAUCAAAGGACUCAACUUAAAUCUCGCCGCUGGACUCCCCGGCAAGUGUGGUAUCAACAUUCCAUACAAGAUCAGCCCCUCCACCAACUGCAAUAGUGUGUAGUGAGCUUUUUGAAGCAUAUACACGAGGUUAUUUUCCAGCGUAGCAUAAUAUAUAUAUAUUUAUAUAGUUCUAUAGAAAAGAAUAAAGAGUGCGUGGGUUUAUAUCCGCACACGUGUGUAACUUCAUGUACUUUUGAUAUCAUGAGUAAUGAAUUGUUAUAAUAUAUUUAUAUGA